UCUUUUCACACACAGAAAUGAAGUGAGUCUACAUCUCUCGGAGACAUUCAUUCUUUUACACCAUUGUUUCUCGAAUUUACAGUCGGCUGCUCAUUCUUAAGAUUUGAAACUCAAUGGCUUCGCUCGGAAUCGCAGUUGCUCUGUUCUUCCACGUUUUGGUCUUCUUGGUCACUGGUGCGGAUUCGGCGACAUUCACCAUAGUCAACUCGUGCAGCUUCAAGGUCUGGCCGGGGAUCCUCUCCGGGGCCGGAACCGCGCCGCUCUCCACCACCGGCCUCGCCCUCGACCCCGGCGCGACCACCUCGGUGACCGUCCCUGCCUCCUGGUCCGGCCGCCUCUGGGGCCGCACCCUCUGUUCCCAGGACCCUGCCACCGGCAAGUUCGCCUGCCUCACCGGCGACUGCGGCUCCUCCACCCUCGAGUGCUCCGGCAGCGGCGCCCCUCCGGCCACCCUCGCGGAGUUCACGCUCAACGGCGCCGGCGGGCUCGACUUCUACGACGUCAGCCUGGUCGACGGGUACAACCUCCCGAUGCUGGUUGUGCCGCGGGGCGGCUCCGCCUCCGGGGCAGGGAACUGCACCGCGACGGGGUGCGCGGCGGACCUGAACGUCGGGUGCCCGCAGGAGCUGAAGGUGACGAGCGCCGCGAGCGAGGGCGGGGUGGCAUGCAAGAGCGCGUGCGACGCGUUCGGGGACCCGCAGUACUGCUGCAGCGGCGCCUACGGAUCGCCGAGCACGUGCAGGCCGAGCCAGUACUCGGAGUUCUUCAAGAGGGCGUGCCCGAAGGCCUACAGCUACGCCUACGACGACGGCACCAGCACCUUCACCUGCGCCUCGGCGGAUUACGAGAUCACAUUCUGCCCGACGCCUUCCACGAGUGUCAAGGCGGCGGGCGGUGAGUACGCGAUGUUGGCGGCGGAGGUCUCAGGCGGCGUUGCCUCGUCGUCGUGGACGCCGCCACUCUCGGCCGUCGCUGUCGCCGUUUCAGCGACAGUAUGGCAAUUGCGGCAGCUGCUCUGAUUUGGAAAGAAAGAAAAAAUCUUCGUCGCCUCGCCUAGCUCCUCGCGAGAAAAUAUUACACAGUGGGCCCACCUCUUUUUCUCUCUAUCUCAACUGGGUAGGGCCCAUGCGCUUUAUAAGAUCAAGUGGAUUAUUUUCGGGAAAAGUGAUAUUUCCGGGGAGAGAAUUCGAGAACAGAGGUCAAUGCGUCGCUCCCUCUAAUGACGCGAAUCUCUGGACCAAAAUAUUCCGGGAAAAAUGAUAUUUUCUCGGGAAGAUUUUUUCGGAGGGCGAUGAUGAUGGAAAUUGAGGGUGAUGGCACGAAGUCAACCGCCGGCAGGCUCUCCAGCGCUUGAUGGAUUCCGAUUGAUCCCGACUUUUGUUGCAUUUCCAGUAGUUUUUCGACAUGUAGGAUGCGAUUUGAUGUUUAGAUUAUAUUUUAGAGUUACAAUUAGAAUGCAGAAGAGCGAUGGAAUUUCCUUGGAAGAUGAAGUAGUGUUACGACCUAUUACUUCUUAGUAUUUGAUAGAGCAGAUUAGUUUGCGAGGUGACUAAACUUCCUUUUUUGAGCUGCCACCCUUGUCUACUGCAACUUGGUAUUUCUUUCUAUCUUCGUUCGUUCGCGCCAACCAUUGGCAUCAGUUGGAAGUUUGUCUUUAUUAAGAUAAUGGUGCAAUCACUAGCACAGAUAAGAGUGCAACACAAACA